ACUGAGAAAGGCUCGAGAGUGAAGCACCCUCUCUAGCUGUAGACAUGGUAUUGGAGCGAUUCCCUUAAAUUUGAUGACGAAAAGCCUCACACAUCUAACUCCAUCCCCAAACUCGGCUUAGAUAAUAUCAAGCUAACUUUGAUCUAGUCAGAUAGCCUGGAAAAGCAAAUAUGAAGCUUCUUCUAUUGUAUAUUGGAUAAUGUGUACAAAUUUUAAAGGGUGUAAUAUGUGGUACAACUAGCCUUUUUUUCUCCCCUUUAAGCAUGAUUAAUCUCUAGUUUUGAUCACAAACCCUUUUCUAACUAGUUAGAAUCUUUGUUUUUCAAGGAUAAAAAAAAUCAAUCCACAGCCAUUUAGUGCACCCAUCCAAGUUAAAAAGAACAAAAAUGAGGGAAGGAAUUCUUUGAAUGCAAGCCAUUAUGUGCACCUUUUCUUUUGCAUCCACAUCAAGGGGGCUUGCCUUCUCCUCAUCACCAUAGAAACAAAAAGGACUCAGCUUCGGGUACAACUCUUAGAGAAUAAUUCAUGAAAACCUAAAAAACUCAAAAAUUAAGUGGGAUAGGUCGAAACAACUUUCAAAUGUUUCAGCAUAGUUAGCAUCCAAGCAAGCAUAUAAAUUUAGCAUAAAUCAUAUGAUUAAACCCUGUGGAUUCUUUAUACAUGGAGUUGUUCUCAAAGUAUCCAAUGGGGUUAAUUUGUCACCUGCAAUCUAGCUAAAAAGUUGGUAGUAUCCAAUAGAAAUAAUUUGUCACUUGUGAUUUAGCUAAAGAGUUGGAGUGCAUUGCAAUCCAAUUAUCCCGUUAUCCUAGCGUACAAGCUAAAGCCAUAUCUCCAUCAUACCAUCUCCAUCGCUCCCUUUUAUUGGUAUGAGUGAGCUCAGCACAACAGAAACUUGGCUAGCGACACACGACCAUUUAACCCAAAUCAGUGCCGGCCGAAUCCAUUGUCCCCCAAGCAAAGGCAACCCUUCCUUUCUUAUCUUCUUGCGCCCGUUACUACCUUUUUUUUUCCCCUAUUUAUUUGGAGUGUCUCUCACCUUCCUAAAGCUCAAGUGUAUAGUUACAAACACACACACACACCCCAUCAUUUAACUCAAGCAAAGGCAAAACCCUUCCCUUCUUAUCUUCCUGUGCUCGUUUCCACCUUUUUUUCCCCUAUUUAUAGGGGUGUCUCUCACCUUCCCAAGCUCAAGUCUGUAGUCACAAACUCACACACACACACACACACACAGAGAGAGAGAGAGAGAGAGAGAGAGAGAUGAAGGAGCUGAGAGAGUUGCUUCACUUGUUUGCAUGCGCCUUCCUCUUCUACUUCUCUGCUUUCAUGGUGAUUCCAUCCAUCGUCGACAUAACCAUGGAGGCGUUGUGCCCCGGAAGGGACCAAUGCUCGCUGGCAGUCUAUCUCGGUGGCGUCCAACAAGUGGUAAACCUCGCUUUCUUGGCUCUCUUCUUCCACCGGGACGAUUUUUCUUUCUUCCUUUCUUUCUUUCUUUCUUUUCUUUGGUGCAAUUCAAGAAGGAAAAAGGCUUGCUCCAAAGCCAUUGCAGAAUGGUAUCACAGAUAACAGGGCUAGGAACUCUCAUAGUAACUCCUUUGAUCGGCAAUCUAUCUGAUAGAUAUGGCCGGAAAGCCUUGCUCGCCCUUCCUAUGACUACUGCUAUUAUUCCCUUAGCUAUAUUGGCUUAUGAUCGAUCGAGAGCUUACUUCUAUGCUUACUACAUCAUCAAGAUGCUUACGGGCAUGUUUUGCGAAGGCAGCAUGCAAUGCCUUUCACUUGCAUAUGUGGCGGACAAGGUCGGCGAGCGGCGGCGAGCGACGGCGUUCGGCGUGUUCUCCGGCGUCUCCGCCGCCGGGUUCGUCUCCGGCACCCUCUCCUCCCGCUUCCUCUCCACCUCCUCCACCUUCCAGGUUUCCGCCAUCGUCGCCGUCAUCGCGGCGGUCUAUAUGAGGCUCUUCCUGGUCGAGACGGACCGCGGAGUAGCCGGCGGCGGCGGCGAGGAGGAGGCCUCCCAGCCUCUCUGUUCCACUCCGUCUUCGGACGGCGAAUCGUCUCCAAGACUGCCGGCGCUGCCGAAGCUGCCGUCUCUGGAGGACAUGAUCGGCCUUGUGCGGGGCAGCUCGACCCUGUCAAGAGCAGCAGUUGUUGUAUUUUUCAACAGUUUUGCUGAAAGCGGUGUUCAGAGUGCACUAUUGUACUUCCUAAAAGCACAGUUUCAGUUCAGCAAAGAUCAAUUUGCUGAUCUGUUGCUGAUCAUCGGGAUUGCAGGAGCUUUCUCGCAGCUACUCCUGAUGCACUUACUAAUUCCUACUUUGGAUGAGGAGAAACUCCUUAACAUAGGGCUCCUAGCAAGCUGUGCACAUCUUUUUCUUUAUAGCAUUGCAUGGUCAUAUUGGGUUCCUUAUUUAGCUGCUAUAUUUGUAGUUUUGAGUAUUUUCAUCCAACCUUGUAUAAGGAGCAUUGUAUCCAAAAAAGUUGGACCAAAUGAGCAGGGAAUGGCCCAAGGAUGUAUAACUGGCAUCAGUUCAUUUGCUUCAAUUAUAUCUCCAUUCAUUUUCACUCCGCUAACAGCUUGGUUCCUGUCAGAGGAUGCACCAUUUAAGUUCAAGGGCUUCAGUAUCAUGUGUGCUGGAUUUGCAUCGUUGAUAGCCUUCGUGCUUAGUAUUAUGAUGAGGGCUGCACCUCCAACUACAAGCCAGAAACUUGUGAAUGGCAUUUAUGUACAGGCCUGAUGCUCAAGAAUCUGAAUUCAACUCAGCAUCUCAUUCAGUUGUUCAUAUUCUGACGAUUGGUUAAAUGUAAACAAGUGGCAUUUGAGAAGCAGAGAUUUUGCAAACUGCUUAUCCUAGACACUUGCGGCAUUAUUCCAUUGUAUGGACUUCUCUGCUGCUCUUGAGCGUAUAAUCUGACAAGUUAGAUGGCAGCUUGUCCUUUGUUUGAGGCCACAGAUAGGGAAGGCAAGAUGCAGAGUCAUUUCUUGUAAUUAUGUUCGUUUAGAUGGCUAUUUCUUUCUCUUUAGGUUUUUAGUCUCUUCCUGCUGUGUGACUGCUGCUGCUUCCAUGGCAUGUCCCGGUGCCCUUACAGUGAUUCAACAGGUACGAAGCACAUCUUCUUUGUAAUCUGUAUAGAUUAUAAACCAAGCACUAAGCAUCAAAAAAUUAAUUUGUCCACAAUGAA